AUCCAGAUUGUCGAGACUCAAGGGUUGAUUCCAUUAAUUGCUUUCUUCCUGUCACACAUCUCCCGAGUCGCAAUGGAGGAUGAAAUCGCAAAACUACGAAAACAGCUCCAGGAAGAGCAGCGCCGUCGCGAGGAAGAACAGCGCCGACGCGAGGAAGAACAACACCGACGCGAAGAGGCUGAAGAACUCGCGAAGGCGGCACAACCAUAGACCCUUCCAACGUAUUUCGCAUCUUGUCACUCGCUCAGCCUCGCCAUUGAGGUGGUGACCGAUCGCACCUUGACUACGCAAGGCGAUACAACCAACCCCACAGGCCGGAUUUUCCCUCGACGAAUCAUUCCAUGGGAUGACUUCGCGACGAGGCAACAGGAGAUAUGGGAUCAACUCUCAAAUUCCCGCACAUUUGCUUCGAGGGCUGUGUUUCCAUCGCCGCAUAAAUUAGACCACGUCAUGUCUUUGAUCAGCCCGAUCAGUAGUGAGACUGGCCUCCGGAAGUUCCAGCGCGAUACGGUAGAGAAAGCGGUUCAAAAGCUGGUCAGCGAGGCAUAUAGUGACACGCAGCUCCGAAGUGACAUUGGCUUGCAAGGGACCGUGACUUUCGAGAGCCAAACGAACCUCGGUCAGACAGACGAAGCCCUAUCCGAGCCUAUGGAGCAAAUGUCCAUCGAGUGGGAUGAUGUCGACGCUGCAGCAAUUCCCACAAGGCUACCGAGCCGCAAGCCCCAACGAAGAGCUAGGGGCAAGGGUAAUCGGGCUGAUCAGUUCUGCAUAUACCGCACCUCCGACGGCCGAAAUAGUUCGGCCCUGGCGAUUGAGUGCAAGGCCCCGCAUAAGUCGCGACGCGAUGAGGUCGUCACCAGUCUGGAGUCGGAAAUUAGACCCGGACACGACGUCAUGAACAAGGACGGUGAGGGUUUUGGGUUUGUGUCAAGACCGCUCGUUGUCGCUGUCGUGACCCAGCUCUUCUCCUACAUGAUCGGCAAAAGCAUCCAGUAUGGAUAUGUGUGCACAGGAGAGGCAUUCGUCUUCCUGUACAUUCCGGACGAUCCCACCAUCGUAUGCUAUUGCGUGCGUGUGCCUCACUUGGAUGUUCUCGAUGAUGACGACGACGAGAACAGGCUCCAUGGUACAGCUGUUGCACAGGUCUUUGCCUUCAGGCUCUGCGUGCUGACCCGCCUCCACAGUCCUGGCACGAUACUGCCGCAGGUCUCGGCACUUGAGCUGUAGAGUACGACGGUGUGCUAAGAAACAUACCCGAAACAGUGCGCAAGGGUAAGGAGGCGCGCAUCUCUCCGUACAAGCCUCAACGCUGGCGAGGUUCAAACGCUCGCCGAUUCAAACACGGUCUCGGUGCAAGCAAUUCGACAGCAACGCAAAGCAGCGGGGUGGUAGCGGUGACGAUGAAGAAGGAACUCCUCCCACACCAACGCCGACACGAUCGAUUAUCAGUGGCGAAAAGGCUCUCGCGAAGUCGAGUGCGGGCUCGGCCGGUAGACAGGCACAGGAGAACCGCCAUCAUAGCCAAGGGAAGCAGCUGAAUAU